AUGGGAGGGUGUUUUUCGUCAAGAGCAGCAUCCAUGUCGAAGAAAAUUCGUUUGGUUCAUCUAAGUGGUUACGUAGAGGAUUUCGAGCAACCGAUUACAGUUAACCAAGUAACCAAUACUAGAAAUCCACCAACUCAUUUUGUUUGUACCUCUCUUCAACUUCUUUCAUCUUGUUCUAAGCCAUUGAAAGGCGAUACACAACUUCAACCAGGAAAUGUUUACUUCAUGCUACCUUAUUCAAUUCUACAAGCUGAUGUUUCGCCUGUGGAUUUGGCUUCGCUUGCGAAAAGGCUCACCGCGAAGGCGAAGACUAGUAGGUGUGAAGGUAAAAAGUCAUUGAAAGGUGUUCCUUUGUCGAACCAGGAUGGUUUGAGCAGUAUUUGGAGUUCACCGUCGAUGAGUCCAGGAAGAGUCGCGGGGGCUGAGCAAUUUGGUAUGGCGUAUGGAGGACGGAGCACGUGUAGAGGGCGGUUAUGGAGACCUCUGUUGGAUACUAUUAGAGAGAAGUCAUUCAAUAGGAGUAGUGAAUCAGAUUUGAAAGAAAAUCUAUGA